AUGACGCUGAACCAUGACUGUUCUGAUGGCCCCAACAGGAGAGUCUCUUGCCAGUCAGGACUCCUCGGCCCAGGCAAGAAAGGUGGAACAGCAGCAGAACAGGGAUCAAGUGCAAAGCGCCCUGGAGUUCAGGUUCAGAGCAAGACUGUGGCACAGUGUGUGGAGUACUACUACACCUGGAAAAAAGAACAUAAACUUGCCAAAAGUCUUGCUCAGACGGUGAGCGAACCAAAGAGGAGCCAAAGCCCUCCCAGAAAGGAGAACGGGGAGACAGGGAAGAGAAGCCGCAAGAGGGCCCGCAACGCGGACUGUCCCUGCUGCCAAGCGCCCCAGACACCCCAUUCGGCGGGAGGCCCCUUUCCGUGCGGCCAGUGCAAACGGGUGUUUGAAACUGUGAAAGAAAGGAACGCACAUAGGAGAAGACUUCGCCCACGGAAAGAAGCAGGGCCUCUGCCCAAGAAGAAAAGAACAAAUUAAGCCUGCCACUUGUCCGGGG